GCAUCAAACCGGAGGACAAGUUGCAUUGGUCAUUAGUCAUAAGGAAACCGAAAGUAAGAUAAUGAGCCAGAGCCAGUGAAACCAAGAGUCAUACAAGAGCCGCCAGCCGACAACGGACGGUCCGUUCCCCUCGCGGAGGAGCAUGCAUGGACUGAGAACAUGGCUUCACUUGGCAUCCUCUUUUUGUUUCUGAGUCUCAUCUGCAUCAGUGCUGGAAAUGCUUACUCUUUUGUAAAUGUGCAUUGUAAAUCGCAGACCCGCGGACAGCAUGGCCAACAGUCAAUGCUGGAUUGUGUUGUCAACAUGGCAAAAGAAGCAGCAGAUGCAGAGAUCACACUGGUCAUUUGGAAGAAAUCGGGAGAUCAAAAACCCUUAGUAUUUUUUCACAAUGGUGAAUUGACAUCAGUGCCACGUUUUCAGCUUGCCCAGCCCUCUUGGACCAAAAAGAACAUGAAUGUGUCUUUGCUCAUCAAUGGCACUACACCCAGUGACAUUGGUGAGUACGAGUUGCAAGUGGUGACCACAAGUGGUGACAGUUCCAGCAAGGCCCGCCUCAGUGUGACAGCCAAAUACAACGAACCAACUGUACGCUCCAACCCUGAAAAAGAUAUCCCUCCAAAUACCGAUGUGACACUUUUCUGUAGCUCUGAUGGUGGUUUCCCACAAGGCAAACUUCGCUGGUUUGAUGCAGACAACCAUGACUGGACAAGCAGCUCUGAGAUGGAGGUCAAGCAGACAGCUGACAAUCUGUUUCAACUCUCCAGUAAGCUGACUCUGUUGAAAGGCUCUGUUUUCAGCAAGUACACAUGCACAGUGCUCAGCGCCAGUGGAACCAAAGAGGGAGAGACCAAAUUUGAAGUCCCGCUCACUCCAGUGAAGGAAGGACAAGAGUCAUCGUUGGCUUCAGCAUCGAGGGUGGUUGCUCCUGUGGUGGUCAUCGGCUCGCUGAUCGUAGGCCUUCUGAUGGCACUGCUGUUUUUUAAAAAGCGCAAUCAGCGUGGACAUCCAGUCCCACAAGACCAAGAUGUUUAGAAUGGCUCACAAAUAAACCUGUGACAUGAAAGACAUCUUCCUUACUGGCAACCACUGAAACAAACAUCUUCCUUGUCUGGUGGCAGGAAUCAUUUCUACUUCCUUUUAUGUCCCUCUGCUUUGAAAAUCAUGAUGGAUGUAGCAAGAUUAUAAAUCUGUAUCAGUGUUUUGCAUCAGAGGAAUGUCUCGACUGACUCAGUUCAACAAGUGAACACUUGUUUGGACUGAAUUUCAGUCCACAAGAAACAAGGGCAACUUGAGCGACGUAAUCAGUAGGUCUCCCAUCCGGAGUUUUAAAAGUGAUUUAUGACAGCUCAAAACACAUAGUUAUUAUUGGAAGGAAAAUUGUUUCACUGUAGCUCUUGUCCGAUCUUUUUGUUUUGUCGUUCACUGUGGGACCUCUUACACUGUCUCAGUUUCUAAUCACAGAUACUUCAGGGAAGAGAAACCAUGCAGUCAAAUGUCACAGAGGUUUUUGAGGACACUGAAACUGUCAAACUUGUGGAACUCUCUCUCUCUUUUUUUUUUUUUUUGUACUGGUCCACUCCACGUGUCCACUUGUCCUACAUCAUGUAUACCACGUAUAACUCCUCAUGUCAUAUAUGUUUUUAUCAAGGUGUGAUGUGUAACUCAUGCUCAUUUAAAUGUGUGUAAUUCAGUGCCGUAGGUGAAAAGAGCUACUGAAAUAUUAUUACUUUGCGAAUAUCUUGCUUAAGUAGAAGUAGCACUAUAAAAAUCUACAUGAAUAAAAUGAUUCAUAUCCUAUCACUAUAUGUCACUAUCUUACAUAUAGUUACAUUGAAACUACACAAAAAUUUGGAAAAUAUAAUAAAAGUGUACGAGCAAAGUAAAGUAUGUCUCCAAUGGUUAUGGAGAGUUGACAAAAAUUCAUCCUGUAAUGGAUGUGAUUUAAAAUGUAGCAAAGUGUUGUUCUUCAGCAAAAGAUGUACUUAAGAGUAAAAUUUGUUGCUUUUAACAAUGACAACCGUCAGUCCAAAAUGUAGCCCUGUUUAAGAGACCAUUCAUGCACAGAAAAAAAUUCAGUUCCUCUUUGCAGAGAACAGAAUAAAUCUCUCAUCAAAUAUGAUAUUGCUUCCGUGUUUUGACAUGAUCAUCAGUUUUCACUGUGUUGAUAAAGCUGUCAGUUAUAGGAGUGCAAAGGCCAAACACACUGAGUUCCUUUAAACUGUGUGAUAGUGUUUAUGUAACUUUUGGCUGAGCCUGAUGUUUUUUUAACAGAGUUCAUUGUUUUUGGUUUCACUCUUCUUUGCGGAUUGUUGCGGAUUGUCUCUUUUUGAAGGGAAUGAGGGCCUAUUAUUCCUGAGCUUGAGCACUGAUCUGCUUGUUGCUGGCAACAUUAUCGCACCCAUCAGAAUAGCACGGGACCUAAAAAGAUUUCCUGGGAAGAUGGGAUUUUUUUUUUUUUUUUUUUUUUUUUUUUUUUUUUGCAUAUAGUCCAUACGGAAGCAAAUUUUGAAUAGUAGAC